AAUGAAGUUGUGAAACCAUGAGAGAUGGGAGCUCCAAGAAAAAUAAGCUUUCAUGGCCUAAGUCACUGAUCAAGAAAUGGUUCAAUAUCAAGAGCGAAACCGAGGAUUUUCACGCCGAUGACAUGGUUUACAAAGGUGUUGAUAAAGAAUGCAGGAACAGCUUCUCAGAGAGGGAGGCGUGCACUAUCAAGAAAAGCAGAACAGAGAGUUCGAGUAGGGGGAACUGUAAUCACAUCCAGCGAAACAAGGUUGAACUUGAUACCUCCCAGGUUACAAAUGCACAUACUUAUAGGAUCUUUGUAGCCACAUGGAAUGUGGCCGGAAAAUCGCCACCAAGUUUUUUAAACCUUGAAGAUUGGUUGCACACCUCAACUCCUGCUGACAUUUAUGUUCUCGGGUUUCAAGAAAUUGUUCCUUUGAAUGCUGGUAAUGUUUUGGGCACAGAGGACAAUGGCCCAGCUAAAAGAUGGCUGGAACUCAUUAGAAAGACUCUAAACAGCUUUCCGGGCACCAGUGGUGGUGGCCACACGCCUUCCCCAGUACCUGAUCCAAUUGUGGAGCUAGAUGAAGACUUUGAUGGAUCAACAAGACAAACGGCCUCGUCUUUCUUCCACCGUCGUUCGUUCCAGUGCCCAAGUCGAAGCAUGAGGAUGAUGGAUAAUGACAUGUCAUUACCACCACCUCGACUUGAUCGUCGAUUCAGCGUUUGUGACCAGGUUAUUUUUGGCCACAGGCAAAGUGAUUAUGACUCAAAUGUUGGAGGGCACUGGCCAAUUGACUAUGAACGGAAUGUCAGAUUGUAUGAUUCCUCUGACGAUGAAAAUGGGCCAAACAAUUCACCAGGUACCACGUACCACUCGCCAAUGUCAUAUAAUGGGUCUAUUUCUAUGAGAGAUAGAGAUAGACAGCCAGGACACUCAAGGUACUUCUUGGUUGCGAGUAAGCAAAUGGUAGGGAUAUUUCUCACAGUAUGGGUGAAGAGCGAUUUAAAAGAUGAUAUACGAAACAUGAAAGUAUCUUGUGUGGGUAGAGGAUUGAUGGGUUAUCUUGGAAACAAGGGUUCGAUUUCAAUUAGCAUGUCCUUGCACCAAACAAGUUUCUGCUUCAUUUGUAGCCAUUUAACCUCUGGACAGAAAGAGGGUGAUGAGCUGCGAAGAAACUAUGAUGUCAUGGAAAUUCUUAGGAAGACAAGGUUUCCAAGAGUGCAUGGCAUAGAAUUUGAGAGCUCCCCUCAGACAAUCCUUGAGCAUGAUCGAAUUAUAUGGCUUGGGGAUUUGAAUUACCGGAUUUCCCUGUCCUACUGUACUGCAAAGGCUCUUGUUCAGCUGUGCAAUUGGAGGGCUUUGUUAGAAAACGACCAGCAGCUAAGGAUAGAGCAGAGGGGAGGACGUGUUUUUGAAGGAUGGAAUGAAGGGAAGAUAUCUUUUCCUCCCACAUACAAGUAUUCGAAUAAUUCAGAUAGAUAUGCAGGAGAUGACAUGCACCAAAAAGAGAAACGAAGAACACCUGCAUGGUGUGAUCGUAUACUGUGGUAUGGUAGAGGCCUCCAUCAAAUAUCUUACCUUCGUGGGGAGUCUCGAUUAUCGGAUCAUAGACCAGUUUAUAGCAUAUUUUUGGCAGAGGUUGAGUCUCUCGGCUGUCAUCGAUUCAAGAAAAACAUGAGCUGUUCCAGUUCUAAGAUUGAGGUUGAAGAGUUGUUGCUGUACUCUUAUGUAUACAAUGGACUUGAUUUCUUCGAAUGA